AUGGACUACAAUAUGGGAGACAAUAUGGGCUACAAUAUGGGAUACAAUAUGGGAUACAAUAUGGGAGACAAUAUGGGAUACAAUAUGGACUACAAUAUGGGAGACAAUAUGGGAUACAAUAUGGACUACAAUAUGGGAUACAAUAUGGACUACAAUAUGGACUACAAUAUGGGAUACAAUAUGGACUACAAUAUGGACUACAAUAUGGGAUACAAUAUGGACUACAAUAUGGGAUACAAUAUGGACUACAAUAUGGGAUACAAUAUGGGAUACAAUAUGGGAUACAAUAUGGACUACAAUAUGGACUACAAUAUGGGAUACAAUAUGGACUACAAUAUGGACUACAAUAUGGGAUACAAUAUGGACUACAAUAUGGGAUACAAUAUGGACUACAAUAUGGGAUACAAUAUGGGCUACAAUAUGGACUACAAUAUGGGAUACAAUAUGGACUACAAUAUGGGAUACAAUAUGGGAUACAAUAUGGGAUACAAUAUGGGAUACAAUAUGGACUACAAUAUGGACUACAAUAUGGGAUACAAUAUGGACUACAAUAUGGGAUACAAUAUGGACUACAAUAUGGGAUACAAUAUGGACUACAAUAUGGGAUACAAUAUGGACUACAAUAUGGACUACAAUAUGGACUACAAUAUGGGAUACAAUAUGGGAUACAAUAUGGGAUACAAUAUGGACUACAAUAUGGACUACAAUAUGGGAUACAAUAUGGACUACAAUAUGGGAUACAAUAUGGACUACAAUAUGGGAUACAAUAUGGACUACAAUAUGGACUACAAUAUGGGAUACAAUAUGGACUACAAUAUGGGAUACAAUAUGGACUACAAUAUGGGAUACAAUAUGGGAUACAAUAUGGACUACAAUAUGGGAUACAAUAUGGGAUACAAUAUGGACUACAAUAUGGACUACAAUAUGGGAUACAAUAUGGACUACAAUAUGGACUACAAUAUGGGAUACAAUAUGGACUACAAUAUGGGAUACAAUAUGGACUACAAUAUGGGAUACAAUAUGGGAUACAAUAUGGACUACAAUAUGGGAUACAAUAUGGACUACAAUAUGGGAUACAAUAUGGACUACAAUAUGGGAUACAAUAUGGACUACAAUAUGGACUACAGUAUGGACUUGAACCUGUAUUAG